CUGUGUGGCAACAUCAGAGUGACAGCCAGUACCAUCUCCGACAGGGGCUGAGUUGCUGGAGCUGGGCUGGGGCAGGAGAGAAAGCAGACUCAUCCUUGCACCCCUCCAUGGGCCUGGCCAAGCCCCCAAGAGGAUGGCAGCCUGGGCGUCGGAGCCACCUCCUGGGCAGCCAAUGAGGUGAGGGGCCGGAAGAGCAAGGGACAAGAGGAGCGGGGGACAGGUGAUGGAAAUCCUGCAGCUGUAGGCUCCAUUCUGCCAUCUACAUCCCAGCGCAAGGUGAAGCCUGAGAGCCCAAAUGGCCAACUCCACAGGGCUAAACGCCUCAGAAGUCUCAGGCUCGGUGGGGUUGAUCCUGGCAGCUGUCGUGGAGGUGGGGGCACUGCUAGGCAAUGGCGCGCUGCUGGUAGUGGUGCUGCGCACGCCGGGACUGCGCGACGCGCUCUACCUGGCGCACCUGUGCGUUGUGGACCUGCUGGCGGCCGCCUCCAUCAUGCCACUGGGCCUGCUGGCCGCACCGCCGCCCGGGCUGGGCCGCGUGCGCCUGGGCCCCGCGCCGUGCCGCGCCGCUCGCUUUCUCUCCGCCGCUCUGCUGCCAGCCUGCACGCUCGGGGUGGCCGCACUUGGUCUGGCACGCUACCGCCUCAUAGUGCACCCGCUGCGGCCAGGCUCUCGGCCGCCGCCUGUGCUCGUGCUCACCGCCGUGUGGGCCGCGGCUGGGCUGCUGGGCGCGCUCUCCUUGCUCGGGCCGCCGCCCGCACCGCCCCCUGCUCCAGCUCGCUGCUCGGUCCUGGCUGGGGGCCUCGGGCCCUUCCGGCCGCUCUGGGCCCUGCUGGCCUUCGCACUGCCUGCCCUCCUGCUGCUCGGCGCCUAUGGCGGUAUCUUCGUGGUGGCGCGUCGCGCUGCCCUGAGGCCCCCACGGCCGGCGCGCGGGUCCCGACUCCGCUCGGACUCUCUGGAUAGCCGCCUUUCCAUCUUGCCGCCCCUCCGGCCUCGCCUGCCAGGGGGCAAGGCGGCCCUGGCCCCAGCGCUAGCCGUGGGUCAAUUUGCAGCCUGCUGGCUGCCUUAUGGCUGCGCGUGCCUGGCGCCCGCAGCGCGGGCCGCGGAAGCCGAGGCGGCUGUCACCUGGGUCGCCUACUCGGCCUUCGCGGCUCACCCCUUCCUGUAUGGGCUGCUGCAGCGCCCCGUGCGCUUGGCACUGGGCCGCCUCUCUCGCCGUGCACUGCCUGGACCUCUGCGGGCCUGCAAUCCGCAAGCCUGGCACCCGCGGGCACUCUUCCAGUGCCUCCAGAGACCCUCAGAGGGCCCUGCCGUAGGCCCUUCUGAGGCUCCAGAACAGACCCCCGAGUUGGCAGGAGGGCGGAGCCCCAGUAUACCAGGGGCCACCUGAGAGUUCUGUCUCCUGAGCAGAAGGAGGGUGGUUUCCGUGGGGGCUCAUCCAGCCCCUGCACAGGUCACAGCAGGUGCCCUGCUGGACAUCUGGCUCUGGAACAGGAGGAGAAAGGGUAUCUGCAGGCCUUUGAGGCCCACGGACUUCUGAGAGCCAGGAAUCCUGGGGUCUGGGCCCAACACUGAAUAGCAUUGUGCACAGGCCGACCCUUCCUUAGGCCUCAGCUUUCCCAUCUGCACCCUGCAGCAUCUCUAAGGGCCCCUCCAGCAUAGGUGGUUUGUGAAACUCACAGGUGGUCCCCAAGCCAAGGUGGGCAGGUGUUACAGAGAAGAGGGCCCUAAGGGCUCACAACCACAGUGAUCCGCCAAGCAGGACAGUAUCUGCGUUACAGCCACAGCAGGAAGAACCACUGGAGAGACACUCGGAACGACUUCCCUGACAUCUGCACCAAGGAGAGUCUGGACAAAGCUACUGAAACUCCUCCAUCUGCUUCUAAAAUGCCCAGAAGACAACUGGACCAGUUUGGUGUUAGAAGUAGGAGGCUGGACGACUUCAUCCCCAAAGGGUCCUGAAGCACCAGAACUGGCGUGUGGAAGGGGCCGAGGCCUAAUUGAGGUUGGUGGAUUCACACAUGGGGGUCCUCCAGGACCUCAGCUGCACCCAUUUUCUGGAGGUUUUGCUGCCCACACCACCAGUAUUUCACAACUUUCUGGUCGCUGAGAAUAUUUAUUCAAAAACAGGGAUUGAAAAAACUGUA